AUGGACGGUUUAUUCUCUUCCCUGACCAAGGCCGUCAGCGGCAAGGAGGAACACGCCCCGCCGGCAGGCGACAGCAGCAAGGACGCGGCGGCCGGCGGACCAGCGCCGUCGAACGCUGAGCUCCUGGCUAGCGCCAAGGUGGUGGCGGAGGCGGCUCAGUCGGCGAUGUCGAGCAAGUCCGACAGCAUAGACAGGGCGAAGGUGGCUGGCGCUGCGGAGGAUCUUGUGGAGGCCGCCGGCAAGUACGGGAAGCUGGACGAGAAGGGUUACGGACAGUACGUUGACAAGGCCGAGGAGUAUCUCCGCCAGUACAGCGGCUCCAAGCCUGCCGAUACCGAUGCCGCUGCGGCGGCGGCGGUGGCGGCGGCUCCUCCGGCGGAGGAGGUGAAGGAGAAGCCUGCGGAAGGCGGAUCUCUUGGUGGGUAUGCCAAGAUGGCUGAAGGCUUCUUCAAGUGA